CAGAAAUACCCACCCCGCAAGGACUUUGUGAGGGCCGUGUCCCUGCAGACAGGUUACCUGAUCAAGGCAAAUGGUGCUGGUGCCUGCGUCCUCUACUAUCUCACCCAGGUGGACCCUCGCGGGUCGCUGCCAAAGUGGGUGGUGAACCGCGUCUCCCAGUUUGUGGCACCAAAGGCAAUGAAGAAGAUCUACAAGGCUGGACUGAAGUACCCAGAGUGGAAACGUAAACACGAUCCCGGGUACAAGCCCUGGGUGUACCCGGAGCAGAACACACUGCCCAGCAUCAGCCUGGCCGAGCUCUCAGUGCAGCACGCCGACUCGCUGGAGAACAUCGACGAGACGGGGCUGCCCGAGGACCACCUGAGCACCAGUGACCACGAGGCCUGA